UAUCGACGACGCUCAUCUCACCGCCGUUUGCCUAGAAAGAGAGUCACCGUCGUCCCCCGCCUUCUCAUCGCCCGAUCCCUGCCCCUAGUCCCGAUCUCGCGCCGCCGGCCACCGGUCGCCGUCGUCACUUAUACCUUCCCUCUUCACCUUCCAUCCCGUGUCUCCCCCAUACCCCGGCCGCCUCCGCUCAGUCCUCCCCGCGCAGAGCCGCAGCCGCCGCCUGCCAACGCCCGGACGGACUACUGGUUGGCAGGCUCCCGUCCAGGACGUGGCUGGUACAGUGACACCUGGGGUCCUGCCGUUCCAUUGGGCUAGCGAUCCGAAGGAGGGGACGGGCGCGCACCAGGUGUUCGAGGGAAUGCACCUCUGAAGCGCCUUUCCCACUUGGCCUCCGCGAGACGAACGAGCAGCGUCGAGAAUGACGUUCGGGUCUGUCAUCGAGAGGAACGUGGCGCGGCCACUCAUGAGGCUGGUCACCAUGGGCGGCGCGCCGAUCCUGCAGCAGCUCCACCUGGAGGAACGGCUGCUGCGCCGCACCAGCGAUAACUGGUGCAUCGUCAACGAUGGCACGGCUCCGCCCACCAUUGUCAUGGGUGUCUCUGGGAAGGUCUCUGAGCUUGUCGACAUACGGCCUGUGCUUCAAGAUCAUGUGCCGGUGGUAAGGCGGUUCAGUGGAGGUGGCACUGUCAUUGUUGAUCAAGGCACAGUCUUCGUCACCUUCAUAUGCAACAAGACUGCCGUCGGUGGGUUGCAGCCGUUUCCCCGCGACAUCAUGUCAUGGACAGGCCAGCUGUAUGGUAAAGUCUUCCGUGGAUUCGGCGAAUUUCAUCUGCGUGAAAAUGACUAUGCAUUCGAUCAUCGAAAGUUUGGUGGAAAUGCUCAGUCCAUAACGAAAGAUCGUUGGGUACACCACACAUCAUUCUUAUGGGAUUAUGAUGUGAAAAAUAUGAGUUAUCUAAAAAACCCACAACGUGCUCCUGAAUAUCGCCAGGCGAGGGACCACACUGAUUUCCUGUGCCGCAUGAACGAGUACGUGCCAUCACGGUCAGUGUUCACCGAAGGGAUAACCGCGGCCCUCGGAGACCACUUUACGGUCCAACACACAGAGCUAGAAACAGCACUCUCGGACCACGAUGACUUCGUGCCUUCUACGAAGGUGCUAUCGCCGCAGGACUUACAAGACAUCAUCUCCUCAAAAGAGCCCCCCACAGCACAGAGAGGUGAAGGAUGGCCACGGUGAUGAAGAUCAUUGCUUGUUUGUGACAUAUGGCAAUUUUUAUGCUGAACAUAUUCGUGCCACUCAUUGGUGGAGGUAGGUUAAAAGCUAUAUGAACCGAUCUCCAUAAUAGCUUGACAAGAGGGCAGUGAAGGAAUGGAUGCUGAAUCGACUUAUCUUGAAAGCAACAUUUAGUGCAUCGCUGCCAGUUUCGUUUUUGCUGGUUAUCUUUAGUCAGGAUCAGGAUGACCUUGUCACAUUGUUCACGUUAGAAUCGCAAAGUUACGAACCUUUUUUAGCGAAUGAAUGAUUCUUAAAAUGGUCCUUUUGCUGUAAACUGUUAUGCAGAGCAUUCUGCAAAGUGCCGUCGAAUGACCCAAUUAAAUA